AUGGAUCGAAAAUAUCAGAAAGUGGAAAUGGGAGUAGGCGCGUUUCAUCACCCACCAAGAGCGAGAUAUAGCGAGGAAACAAAAAAUUUAAUGAAGCUUUUGAUGCAAGAAUCCAAACUAAGUAUGAUGAAAAGAAAAUCUAUUCAGGAAGCGAUCAAUAAAGGUGAAUCUUUACCACCUGUUAUGGAAAAAUCAAAAAUGGAAGCAAAUAAACAUAAUCUACAAUAUCAGGUUUUGAUGCCGACUGUAUGGAAGAAACGAUCAAAAGAUAUGAUUGUUAAAAGUGGCGCGUAUGAGAGAGAACAAUAUAGAAGAUUAUCUCCUUUGCGUAAUAAAGAGAAGCAAAAGCGUCAUUUAGCAAGUAUGAUGGCUUAUGGAAAAGAUAUAGAAACUCCUCGUGAAUCAAAGAUUCUUCAUAAAACAAAACGAGAAUCAAUUAUUUCUGAUAAUGAUCCCAUUGAUGAUUUGGUACGUGGAAUUCAAGAAAGAAUGGAAUUUUUAAAUGACAUGGAAUGUCUUGGAAUGGGCAAAAAAUAUCGUCCUAUAAUACAACAAGAAGUAGCGCAUAAAUUACGAUUGAUUGAAUCAAUAGAUAAGCAAAAAUGCAAGGAAAUCCGAAAAGAAAUGAAAGAAUUUGAGAAACCAUUGCCAAAACCAUUUCCUUUGGGACAGCUUGAUGAGAAUUAA